AGGGGCAGGCGAGCUGGCGGGCCGGGUGACUGGCUGCAGGGGCCGGGACAAAAGCCGCCCUGUCCCAGUCACCCUGGCUGCCCUAAAGCGUGCAAUUGCCCGGCGGGAGGGGUGGCUCAGGCCUGGCAGCCAGGAAAUGAGGGACCUGGAAGGAGGGGCCUCUCUUGGAGAGGCGAUUCUGGAAGAGGUGCCCCUAAGCUCCUAGGGGUCUCAGAGGAUGCUGAAGGGUGACAGGGAGGCAGAUCAGACACAAGCUUAACUUGGAGAACUUUCCCUGCACAUAGCUGUAGCUUGAAGGCAUUCCAGUUUCUGCACGUGCUGGGGAGGUUGGGGCUGGGGCAGGAGAUUGGCAGGUUGGAGGUGGGUGGCCUGUAUGGCUAGGCAAGCUGGGGUUCUGGAGCCCAGAGAGCCAAGUCUCCUUUCCACUUUGGGCACCUGGGUGGGUAUCCAGCUGCAGGCUAAAGGAAGCACAUCUCACUCCACCCCACACACACUUAAAUUGUUUUCCAGCCUAGACUGCUGCUGAGGUCUGGAGGGGUGUGGAAACCAAGGUUAGAUUAAAAAAAGAAAAAGAAGAGAACCGAGAGGAAGAGGUGGUUUUAGGAAAAUGAAGACUAAUAUUUUGAAAUGGUGCUUGGAGAGAAGAGGCCAGUGUGGACCAGGGGGGUGGGGUGGGUUAGGGCUUCAGCACCCCCCCACCCCUCCAGUUCCUUGCAGAGCAGAGGAUCAUCCAGGCCUUACUGUGUGGGGACCUGGCUGGGUGCGCUGGGUGGAGGCAGGAGAAUGUGGAGCCGGAGCCGGAGCUGGGACUUGAACAACCCCAGCACCAGCACCCGAGCCCGCGCCUGUCUUCGUGACAGGGCUGAGUCCUGUGCUGUCAACUACACCCCUCCAAAGGGGUUGCUAGGCAGCGGGGCUCUGAUGUGCGGGAAGGCCUUCUGAUUUGUCAGCCUCCUGCAGACACAUGGUUAAGGCUCCUUCCAGCCUAUCCGGAGGAGGGACGCGGGGCACGCUGCCUGCAUACUGCCGAGCCCUGGGUCCACCUGAAUGUGAGGUGCAAAAGGCAGCCAGAGGGAGGGGGUGCCUGCAGCCCUCCGGCUUCCUAACCAGCUCAGCCCCACGCACCGCCCCCCAUCUCCUCUCGGGCUGCUGACUCUUCCCUGCCUGUCUCUGCCCCGUUCCUCCCCUCUUUCCCAAACCGUGGAAAAGCAAAGUGCAGCAGGGAAAAGAGGUACUGUCUGAUGAGCGUGAAAGGUUGUUUCACUGACUUCCACAUCGACUUUGGAGGCACUUCCGUUUGGUACCAUGUUUUCCGGGGCGGGAAGAUAUUUUGGCUGAUUCCUCCAACCUUGCACAAUUUAGCGCUGUACGAGGAGUGGGUGCUCUCAGGCAAACAGAGUGACAUCUUCCUGGGAGACCGUGUGGAGCGAUGCCAAAGAAUUGAGCUGAAGCAGGGCUACACAUUUUUCAUCCCUUCCGGCUGGAUCCAUGCAGUCUACACCCCCGUAGACUCCCUGGUAUUCGGCGGAAAUAUCCUGCACAGCUUCAACGUGCCCAUGCAGCUGCGGAUCUACGAGAUUGAGGACAGAACACGGGUGCAGCCCAAAUUCCGUUAUCCCUUCUACUAUGAGAUGUGCUGGUAUGUCUUGGAGAGAUACGUGUACUGUGUGACCCAGCGGUCCUACCUCACUCAGGAAUACCAGAGAGAAUCAAUGCUUAUUGAUGCCCCAAGAAAGCCCAGCAUAGACGGCUUCUCAUCAGAUUCCUGGCUGGAGAUGGAGGAAGAGUCCUGUGAGCAGCAGCCCCAGGAAGAGGAGAAGGAGGAAGAGGAAGAGGAAGAGGAGGAGGGCACAGAUAAGACGCCCAAACCACCCACUGAUGGCCCUGCCUCGCCCACCAGCAUCCCCUCAGAGGACCAGGAGGCCCCUGGGAAGAAGCCCAAAGCCCCUGCCAUGCGGUUCCUCAAAAGAACUUUGUCGAACGAGUCGGAGGACAGUGUGAAGUCCGCCACGAUGCCCAUAGACUACCCCAAGACGCCCACCGGCUCUCCGGCCACUGAGGUCUCUGCCAAAUGGACCCACCUCACCGAGUUUGAGCUGAAGGGCCUGAAAGCUCUGGUGGAGAAACUUGAAUCCCUCCCUGAGAAUAAGAAGUGUGUCCCAGAGGGCAUCGAGGACCCCCAGGCACUCCUGGAGGGCGUGAAGAAUGUCCUGAAGGAGCAUGCGGACGACGAUCCCAGUCUGGCCAUCACUGGGGUCCCUGUAGUCACUUGGCCAAAGAAGACUCCAAAGAACCGAGCGGUGGGUCGGCCCAAGGGGAAGUUGGGCCCGGCCUCCGCCGUGAAGUUGGCCGCCAACCGGACCACGGCGGGAGCUCGCCGACGCCGGACGCGAUGCCGCAAGUGCGAGGCCUGCCUGCGGACGGAGUGCGGAGAGUGCCACUUCUGCAAGGACAUGAAGAAGUUCGGGGGCCCCGGGCGGAUGAAGCAGAGCUGCAUCAUGCGGCAGUGCAUUGCGCCAGUGCUGCCCCAUACCGCCGUGUGCCUGGUGUGUGGCGAGGCAGGGAAAGAGGACACGGUGGAAGAGGAAGAAGGCAAGUUUAACCUCAUGCUCAUGGAGUGCUCCAUCUGCAACGAAAUCAUCCACCCUGGAUGCCUUAAGAUUAAGGAGUCAGAGGGCGUGGUCAACGAUGAGCUUCCAAACUGCUGGGAGUGUCCAAAGUGUAACCACGCCGGCAAGACCGGGAAAGCCUACAAGCAAAAGCGUGGCCCUGGCUUUAAGUACGCCUCCAAUCUGCCCGGCUCCCUGCUCAAGGAGCAGAAGAUGAACCGGGACAACAAGGAAGGGCAGGAGCCUGCCAAGCGGAGGAGUGAGUGUGAGGAGGCGCCCCGGCGCAGGUCAGACGAGCACCCCAAGAAGGUGCCCCCUGACGGCAUCCUGCGCCGAAAGUCGGAUGAUGUGCACCUGAGGAGGAAGCGGAAAUAUGAGAAGCCCCAGGAGCUGAGUGGACGCAAACGAGCCUCGACGCUUCAAACGUCCCCCGGUUCCUCCUCUCACCUCUCGCCGAGGCCCCCUCUAGGCAGCAGCCUCAGCCCCUGGUGGAGAUCCAGUCUCACUUACUUCCAGCAGCAGCUAAAGCCUGGCAAAGAAGAUAAGCUUUUCAGGAAAAAGCGUCGAUCCUGGAAGAACUCAGAGGACCGGAUGGCUCUAGCCAACAAGCCCCUCAGACGGUUCAAGCAGGAGCCAGAGGAUGACCUGCCCGAGGCGCCCCCCAAGACCAGGGAGAGUGACCACUCCCGCUCCAGCUCCCCCACUGCUGGGCCCAGUACCGAAGGCACAGAGGGCUCGGAGGAGAAGAAGAAAGUGAAGAUGCGCCGGAAGCGGCGGCUCCCCAACAAGGAGCUGAGCAAGGAGCUGAGCAAGGAGCUGAACCAGGAGAUCCAGAAGACGGAGAGCAGCCUGGCCAAUGAGAACCACCAGCCCAUCAAGUCAGAGCCCGAGAGUGAGAACGAGGAGCCCAAGCGGCCCCUGGGCCUCUGUGAGCGCCCCCACCGCUUCAGCAAGGGGCUCAAUGGCACCCCCCGGGAGCUGCGGCACCAGCUGGGGCCUGGGCUGCGCAGCCCACCCCGAGUCAUCUCCCGGCCCCCUCCCUCCGUGUCCCCCCCUAAAUGUAUCCAGAUGGAGCGACAUGUGAUCCGGCCGCCCCCCAUCAGCCCCCCGCCCGACUCGCUGCCUCUGGACGAUGGGGCAGCCCACGUCAUGCACAGGGAGGUGUGGAUGGCCGUCUUCAGCUACCUCAGCCACCGAGACCUAUGUGUUUGCAUGCGGGUCUGCAGGACCUGGAACCGCUGGUGCUGUGAUAAGCGGUUAUGGACCCGCAUCGACCUGAACCACUGCAAGUCCAUCACGCCCUUGAUGCUGAGUGGCAUCAUCCGGCGACAGCCUGUUUCCCUGGACCUCAGCUGGACCAAUAUCUCCAAGAAACAGCUGAGCUGGCUCAUUAACCGGUUGCCUGGGCUCCGAGACUUGGUGCUGUCGGGCUGCUCAUGGAUUGCAGUCUCAGCCCUCUGUAGCUCCAGCUGCCCGCUGCUCCGGACCCUGGAUGUCCAGUGGGUAGAAGGACUAAAGGACGCCCAGAUGCGGGAUCUUCUGUCUCCACCUACGGAUAACAGGCCAGGUCAGAUGGAUAAUCGGAGUAAGCUCCGGAACAUCGUGGAGCUGCGUCUUGCUGGCCUGGACAUCACCGACGCCUCCCUGCGGCUCAUCAUUCGCCACAUGCCCCUGCUCUCCAAGCUCCACCUCAGUUACUGUAACCAUGUCACCGACCAGUCCAUCAACCUGCUCACUGCCGUGGGCACCACCACCCGAGACUCCUUAACCGAAAUCAACCUUUCAGACUGCAAUAAGGUUACUGACCAGUGCCUGUCCUUCUUCAAACGCUGUGGGAAUAUCUGUCACAUUGACCUGAGGUAUUGCAAGCAAGUCACCAAGGAAGGCUGCGAGCAGUUCAUAGCCGAAAUGUCUGUUAGUGUCCAGUUCGGGCAAGUGGAAGAAAAACUCCUGCAAAAACUGAGUUAGUCCAAGGACAAACCGCAGCACGAUUCCAUUUUGCAAGUCUGGCCGAGGGAGCAGCCGUUCUGCCGCCCGUUUCAGAGAUGAGUGAGCCGGGCGCAUUCCUCGGGUCUUUCUGAAUCAAAACUGCACUGCUUUCUGGACCAUUUCUAAGGCGGCCUUUUAUCAAGAAGACAUUCCUGUCGAGAGGAAGAGGAUGGACUUGGGAGAAAUUUUCUUACUCAAGCAUGAGCUGAGGAAUUGUUUUUGGCCGUGGUGGUGGUUUUGUCUUGGACACCUUAUUCCUGGAAACUUUGGGGGUUUUGGUGUCAGCCUAAAGUGGACCACACACCACAUCUGCCGUCUUGACAUAUUUGUUUGGUUUUGUUACAUCUUACAUUAUGCAGAACUAUUUUUGUACAAAUUGUUUAAAAGUUAUUUAUGCAAGGUUUGAAUGCAUACCAGUGUUUUUAUUGUUUUGAGAUUGCCAACUUUCCUGGUUUCUUUAAAGUAGGCGAGAACUUAACCUGUACUUCAUACAAAUCCAUCUACACAUGUGCCCAGAUGUGGCAAAGUAGGCUCAGACCUCCCAGGUAAAAGCAUGUUUAACUGGAAGUUGAGUGCCUGCUUUGUAUGUCAAGAAGUUUAAGCAUGUUGUGGGUAUAUGUAAAUUAGAGUCAAAGUGAGACACUUGGCUAAAUUUCCUCUGUAUAGAAUUCACCUUUUCCUCAAAAUUUUAAAAUUCCGACUUCAGCCUUUGCACUCAGGAGGGUUGUGCUCCAGCAUGAGCUCUUGUACUCUACAUAGAUCUAAUUUCUACAGUGAGUCAAGAAGUAGAAUAAACGAUUCAACAUAGUCUUUCUUUUCCUUUUUUUUCCUCCUCUCCUUCGAAGUGGAGUUGAGUUCUCGUUUAAGGUUUAUAACAUGGCUGUUUCCCAGUUGUAAAGUUAUGCAUUCAUAAGUGCCAUUGUUGUAAGGUGUUGUUUUCCUAGCCCUUCCCUGACACGGUUUUACCUUUGUUGAAUUUGUAUAAACAAUUGUACAAAAAAAGCA